AUGGAAUUGACUAUUACCAAUGAGAACACAAGUGCAGGUUCGUCUGGGACAAUAAAGUUACUUGAUAUGCCAGCCUCUCCUGUCAUAGAGGAAUAUCAAAGUGAAAUAAUAAUUGAAGGUACACAAAGUGUUAUCGAAGAAGGACAAGUGUAUCAAGACAAGCAAACAAUUGCAACUACAAUGAAGCAUUAUUCUGUCAUGCACAAGUACCAAUUCAGGGUUAAACGAUCGAGACACAGAAGCUACUGGCUUAUAUGCGUUGGAGAAAACUGUAAUUGGCACUUCAAGGCAACAUCAAUUAAUGAUCCUGCAAUGUUCAAGGUCAGGAGUUUCAACCGACAACACACAUGUACCUUAAUGGAAGAUAUAUUCAUACAGCGCAAAUGUACUGCAGUUGUAGUUGGUAGCAUGAUCAUUCCAAAACAAGUAGUAGCGGUUGAUGGGACAUUCUUAAAAUCAGUCUACAGGGGGAUUAUGCUUACAACAAGCACAAUGGAUGCAGCAAGUACAAUAUUGCCUUUGGCAUAUGCUGUGGUUGAUUCGGAAAACGAUGCAUCAUGGAAGUGGUUUUUUAAGCAAUUCAAGCAAGCAUAUGGUGAAAGAACUUCAAUGUGUAUUGUUUCAGAUAGGAAUGAGAGUAUCCUGAAGGCAACAUCAAUUGUCUAUCUGGGUUUGCCACACUACUCUUGCAUGUGGCAUAUUUGGACAAAUAUAAGGGCAAAGUUGAAGAAGGGUCAUCUAAAAUUAAAUGAAUUGUACUUUGCUACAGCACGGUCAUACACUCUAGAUGAAUUUAAUGAAUGGAUGUCGAAGAUUGAAGAGAUAGACCCGCGUGUUAAAUCAUACCUCUAUGAUAUUGGCUAUCAUAGAUGGUCAAGAGUACAUGCAACGGUGAAUAGAACUUGGACUAUGACAUCAAACAUUACAGAGUCGUUGAAUGCUGUAACAAAAUAUGCAAGAGAGCUGUCAAUAUUUGACCUAUUAGAGUAUAUGAGGACACUUCUUGAACGUUGGACGAACGAGAAGUUAUUGAAGGCAAAGGGUACUUUCACAUUCCUUGGGUCCAAAUUCAACAAAGAAUUGGAGAACAACAGAACGUUAUCUCAGAAACUUAGGGUGAGUGCUUCAACAGAUCAUAUCCAUACUGUGAUAGAUGGUGUGAAGCGGUACAUUGUGUGCCUUGAAAGCAAGAAAUGUAGUUGUGGCAAGUUCCAACUUGAUGAACUUCCAUGUGCGCAUGCUUUGGCAACUUUAAGGCACAGGAAUGAAACUUAUGAAAACUAUUGCUCUCCGUAUUACACAAAGGAGAGCCUACUGCAUAUGUAUGAAAUACCAGUAAAUCCCCUUCCUGAUGAAAGUAAAUGGAAUGUGUCACAACAUAUAUUUGAUGAAGUAGUAAAUCCACCUACGGGAGAGAAAAGGCAGCCAGGAAGACCUCAAAAGGAAAGAUACAAAACAUAUGAUGAACUAAAGUCAAAGAAGUACAAGGUAUCAUGUGACAACUGUGGAGCAUCUACCUCCAUUUUUUGA